CCAUCGCCCGAGAAUGCACCCUGAGUGUCGGUGCUCUCUCUCUCUCUCAUGAUUCAUGAGAAGCUAUAUGUGGGCUCCAUAUGCUUAUAGCACCAAGGAGACACAGGAAGCUAAGCAGAGCUCGCAGAGUGACAGAGAAGCAUGGAGAAGAGUGUACCAACAUGAGUUAAAAUAGUUGAUCUCAGGUGCAUUUCUCCCGGUGCUCAAUACUUAACCUGGCACCAAUCUGUUAGCUCUCUUCGCCUUCCAUCAGCCAUCACAGCCAUGGCUACCGGCGCCAAUCUCGCCUUCCUGCUCCUCCUCCUGCUGCCUCUUUGCUUCAUAUCCACUAUGGUGCGCGCCAAGCAACAGUCGCACCAUAGGCCGACCGAGGAGGAAGAAAAUAAGGAGGAGAUGGUGGUGGGGAACGGGCGGUUGGAUAUGGGAACAGAGGCAAUAGGGUGGUCGACCUCGGAGUUGGAGGAGAUGCUUGGCGUCGCCGACGAUGAGAUGCCGUUCGGCGGCGAGUUGGGCAGCAGGAGAUCCCUGUUGUGGAUAUCCCUCCGGCACUACUACAUCAGCUAUGGGGCUCUCUCGGCCAACAGAAUCCCCUGCCCACCACGCUCCGGCAGAUCUUACUACACCCACAACUGCUAUCGGGCUAGGGGUCCCGUCAGGCCCUACCGCAGAGGCUGCCCUUCCAUCACUCGCUGCAGAAGAGAAGCUUAGCCAGCAAUGCUGUGCUGCGAUGUUUCUGUUUCUUUCUUCAUGUUUGCUCUUGCUGCUGUGACUGUUUCGUUUUUGUAUUUCUUGAUCUGUAAUUUUACGUAUUUCAGAUGUUUGUGCUUUUGAUUUUGCUGCAAAUCACAGAUUGUUGGAGUCUAAAUAUGAUUCUCGACUCCCAUUUCGUGAUUACCUCUCUGUUAUUGAUCUGUGUGA